AAGAGUCUGCUUGCUGCUUUGGGUGCUUUGUGAAGGAGAUUUGAAUCCAAGACAGAACCAAAAAAAAAAAGCUACCAUGGAGGUGCUGGUGCUGAUGGACUUUGAGGGCAUCACUGCAGACGAGAUCACAAUAAGAGUGGGGGAUGUGGUGAAAAACGUCACUAAGGCCAGUGAGGAAGGAUGGCUAGAGGGGGAGCUGAGAGGAAAGAGGGGCAUUUUCCCUGCUAACUUUGUCAAGGAGGUGCCAAUCUACUUGAUGGGUGACAGCUCAAGGGAACCACGAAGCCUUAGAAAAACAAAGAUGGUGAAACAAGUGAGGAAAUGUGAGUUUCCCUACAGCCCCAUGAAUCUAGAUGAGCUGGAGCUGGUUGUUGGUGAGACUAUAGAGAUCAUCAAAGAGAUUGAAGAUGGAUGGUGGAUGGGGGUGAAAAAUGGAAAAGUGGGAGCAUUUCCAUCAAAUUUUGUCAAAGAAAUUUUUGUUUCCCCUAAAGAGAGCAAGCACAAUGAGGUCAAAGCAAGACCCAAGCUCACUAAUUCUGUGUUCAAUAAGGAAAUAAGUCAGAAGGCAAGUGUGAGGAACAAAGGAAAAUGUGUGGUGGAGUGCUGCCAAGUCAUGUUUGACUACAAGGCCAAAGCAGCAGAUGAGCUGGAUCUGAAAAAGGGGGACACUGUUGUGAUACUGAGGAAGGACAUAGAGGAUGAAGGCUGGUGGGAGGGAGAGCUGAAUGGACGCUGUGGCCUCUUUCCUGACAACUUUGUCAUGGUUAUACCACCAACGGACAAUUUGCAAGCUGACACUACAAGACAACGGCCUGCGCGCAGUGGCUGCGUGAAAGUCACAGUGAAGACAGAGCCCUCAGCGAUGGAGAGAGGUAGCCCAGCAAAUACAAAAGAUGAUAAACCAGAGACUAAGGACAUAAGAAGCAAUCCUCCAACUAGAGUGAAGCUGCCAUCCAUCAACAAGCCCAGCCCACCUCCAGUCAAAGACAAACCUAACAAGGUUUUACCCAAAACCAAUGAUGACGUGCCUCCUCCUCCUCCACCAAAACAACCAGAGGGGAAACAGGCUGACCAGUUUGAUGGACUGGAUGUACAGACUGAAAAGCUGAGUCAUCCUACAGCAAACAGAGCCAAACCCCCUCAGAGGAGACCACCUUCAGGCCUGGUCACAGCAGCCUCAGCUCAGGGUGUCACUGACCAGACAGAACCAGAAUCACAGCCAAAAAAGCUCCAAACAACAAAAUUACCUGGCUUGCAAGAGGGUACAGAAAACCUCAUGACACCACCUGCAAAGCCUGAGCCUCAAUCCAAAACACCACCUCCUGUUCGACCAGCGCCUCCCAAACUACUAGUGGAUGGCAGAACUGUGACACAUAAAGAAGAGCCAAGUGUGGAAAGCCUGCAGGCUGAGAUCAAGGAGCUGAAGAUGGCUCUGGAGCUGCUACAGGCACAACAGGAACAAGACAUGCAGGAAGUGAAAGCAGAACUGAAGGAGGAGAGAAACAAGCGCAUAGCACUGCAGGAGGAAGUAAACGCUUUGAGGACAAAGCAUUAACCCCCAACGCACCCUGUGAGUGGGCUGGCUGUCUGACACCGUGCCACGCAGGCCCUCAAAUUGCAAAUUUAAACAAGCUGGACAUUUUUCUAACAUGAAGUGGGGAUGGAGAGGAUAAGCAUGCUCUCCCAGUGCAGACACACAAGCAAGGGCUACCUUAAAGUAACGGUGAACACAGGACUGAGCUAAUCCUGCUCUGGACUGGAGAAACCUGAUCCUCCAAAAGACUUUUCAAUGAUGUACAUUAAAUUUUCCAUAUUUUAUUGCUGAAAAAUCACAAAGAUUGAUCAUAAUUGGGUUAUUCUUGAUAGCAAAUUCAUGUUUUACAUUGUUCUACUUAGACUUUCAUAAUUCCAUUUGUCAUACUAAGCAUUUACAUAAUGCCUCAAACUAUGUAACAUAUGCAGCUGUACAUAGGAGAAAAGAUUGUGAUGUCUUUCGCAAGGAACAAAAAAAUAAUAAGUCAUCCAAAGGAGUAUUGUUAUCAGAAUGUUAAUACUACUGUCAAAAACAGCUGAAAUGCAAGUGCUUUUCUACACCAGGGUGUAAUGUCGCAUUCAACCACAGGAGGGCACUGUAUGUCGACUCUUCUACAUAAAGAGAAGUGCUAAACUUUUCACUAAGUGCUGGAUUGGUGGAAGUGACCUGGCACCAGUAACACACUUGCAUUACAAAACCAAAACCUUCCAUUCAGAAGAGUAAACGUGUUGAAAUUUAAGCUUUGCACAAAGUUUGGUAUUAAUGAAUGCUGCCUUUUUUUAAGACAAACAUGCCAAACAACAAAAAACAAAACAAAACAAAACAAAACACUGUUGAACCACUGCUGGAGCUAGCCUAUAUGCAGUUUGUGAGAAACUGCAUAUUUGCAGUUUAGUGGAAAAGGCAUCCAAUCACUCAGAGAAAAACUGACUCAUUUUGAAAACUCUGAACAUAGUGAGUCAUUGCAGUGCAUGCAGAGAAUGUGGGAAGAGACUUAAUGAGAAAUUUUUUGCACCCAACACAGCGAAGGCUAUUUAAUGUAACCACGACAUCUUCACAAUAAGGUAUACUGAUUUGGCUUUGGCUUGAAAUGGUGGUGCUGGCAGCUGUGGUGGGGUGGUGUGUUCCUGCCCAAGCUUUACUAGCGUUGCCCAGUGUAGCACAUCUGAACAACAUCUGGAGCUCAUCAGAGACUGAGUGCUUCUAAAACUGCCAUGGGAACAUGAUAUUUUUAAAAACUGUGUUGAAUAAUGAUGUUUGAGGGCACAUUCCCUCUUGGACAAAGGUGAAAAAAUAAAUGAGGGUAAACAAAGUGUAAAGAGGAUAACGCAGAAAGUUCUGAAUUUUUGAAAAAUAAAAGUGAAGAUUUUACUGUUUUAACAAAGUGGCCUCUGGAAGAUUCAAUAAUCUCAGUGAUGACAGGUGCUGCUUACACUACAGAACCUCCUGUGAAUUAUAAUACAUAGGUUAUAAAUAUUUGACUCACUUGAAAGAAAUACACCGAGCAGCCAUAACAUUAUGACCACUGCCAACUAAAGUGAAGAACAGAUUUUCUCAUCACAAUGGCACCUGACAGUGUGUGGGGUAUACUGGGCAGCAAGUGAACAUUCAGUCCUCGAAGCUGAGGAGUUGGAAGCAGGAAAAAUGG